AUGGGGCUGCGUGAGACACAAGCGGCAGACGUAUUCAUCACUCAGCGAUGGAUCCAGAACCGUGUUUGGCUUCUUUGCGUAUAUCAUGGCUUCCUGCGAUCAUAUUCCGAGCGACCCGAUUUGACUUUCGGUUACUCUGUGUUCAUCGCCAAGUCAACGCUUCAACUUCGCCGAUCAUUGAAACUGAGCUCAAUGGAAGCCCACGGAAUUGAAUUUUCCGAGAAGCUAUAUAAUACUGCCGUCAGUGCAACCGAUAUCCUCUGUAAUAUCAUUUCACCCUAUGGAACCGGAAUGGCACCACUGGCCAAAUUUACCGACUCGAUACCCACAACCCAGUUUAAAGCCCACUUGCACUCGUUACAGAUUCCGAGCAGCAAGAUAGCAACGUGGGCAACACAAUGA